CUUUGAUAAACCGAAUCUCUAAACCGAACUGAACCGGAACUGAAUCGAAACCAAAUGGUUUUAAUUUGAUAGAAAUUGAAUAAAACUAAACCCGAGAAAAUCGAACCCUAAACCGAAAUCCAUCUCGUCAUUAAGAAAACCAUCUUACCCUUCUAGUUUAAUCAUUCCUCGCUGCAUCCAUUCGAUCGGGUAUUCGGGUUGGCGGAAAGCCGAGGAUGGAAGAACACGAUCUUGACCCCAUUGAAUCCCGAAAACUGCCUCGUAACCCUCCACGAUAUGCCAUUGAUGGAAUCUAUCCCAAGGACCGAACCCUUUUUCUAGUAGAGACCGCCUUGUCAAGUUUCAACGAUACGAUUCCAGAUCAACAGGGCCCUGAGUAUGAGCUUGUUGAUGCACUCGGCUGUGUUUUUCAGUUCAAAGGCUGCAUCUUUCAUUUCAACUUCGUUGCUAGGCCGAAAAACGGUACUGACGCUGAGAAUAUGCUCUUUUUUGCUGAAGUGAAGCCUUGUUCUUACAAGAAAUCACCAACAGGCCUGCGUUGCACCUUAUGCUGCAUCUUACGCCCAUGGGAUCCUCAAGAGUAUCUCGAACAGGAGACAGGGCUUAAUGGCUGCAAUUUACUCUGUAAAAGCCAUCCCGGACUCAUACAGCAUCCUCUUGGCGGAGGAUUCACGAAACAGUUUGAGUUUGGUUGUGGCAGUGAAUCCAGUGAUGAUGACUAGCCAUGCGCUAUGUGGGGCUUUGUUGUAACAUAAAUGGAUAUAUAAUAUUAAGAGAUGGUCAAGUUCUCAUUACGCUCUUUGCUGUUUGGCUGUGGGAUGUUUUGUGUUAUUUAUGUUUAAUCAUCAGCCAUUGGCACUAAGAAGUUGUAAAGCGACUUGUUCAGCGUGUGGUAGGUUAAUGCAAAAUUUGGCUUAGACCAAAGUAUAUUGUGUUCAUGAAACUGUGGAAGUGGUUUGGCUGGGGCACGUAGGUUUUGCAUACAUAAUAAUUUAUCCAGAUGAUGUAUGUUGAUUGUACUUUUGGACCUCCGGUGGUUAGUCAUUGACCAUAUGUAAUGGCAAAUUGAAUAUUUGAAGCAUCGUAAACACUUUAAAAUGUGAAAAUUUAAGUAUAAACAAUUCAC